AUGGAGGAAGAGAAAGAAAUAAGACAUGAAGACAUUACUCAUAAAGAGGAUGUGACACGACCAGAGGAGUUUAUUGAGGAUAACAGUGGAUCAGAGCUUGAUAACAGUGUAGAGAAAGAAGAUGUGACACGACCAGAGGAGUUUAUUGAAGAUAACAGUGGAGCAGAGCUUGAGAACAGUGUAGAGAAAGAGUAUGUGACACGACCAGAGGAGUUUAUUGAGGAGAACAGUGGAGCAGAGCUUGAGAACAGUGCAGAGAAAGAGGAUGUGACACGACCAGAGGAGUUUAUUGAGGAGAACAGUGGAGCAGAGCUUGAGAACAGUGUAGAGAAAGAAGAUGUGACACGACCAGAGGAGUUUAUUGAGGAGAACAGUGGAGCAGAGCUUGAGAACAGUGCAGAGAAAGAGGAUGUGACACGACCAGAGGAGUUUAUUGAAGAGAACAGUGGAGCAGAGCUUGAGAACAGUGUAGAGAAAGAAGAUAUGACACGACCAGAGGAGUUUAUUGAAGAUAACAGUGGAGCAGAGCUUGAGAACAGUGUAGAGAAAGAAGAUGUGACACGACCAGAGGAGUUUAUUGAAGAGAACAGUAGAGCAAACGCAGACGAGCAGAAAUAUGAAGAUGACAUCGUGGUAAGUAGUGAAGGUAGUAAAGAAGAAAAGAGCACAAAUUACGAAAUGGAAGAUUAUGUAAAGGAAGAGGAGCAUCAAAACAACGCUGGAGAGACAUUCGAGGCGAACAGCGGAGAGGUAACUAGAUCGACCGAACACGAAUGUUCAAUAGCAGAAGGCGUUUCGGAGACCAAAAAAGAUGACAACUCAUCAUUAAGUGAGGAACACUUACACGAAGAGACGAGAGAAACGUUUCCAGCCGCUGAUACGAUUGGUUUGGGAAGACUUACAGAAGACGAUGAAGAUUUUGACCUCCCGGAUAUACCCGAUGAGCUGUUUGAUGGUUAUGAAAAUGAAUGUCCAGACUUUCUCGUCUCAUCGAAUAAAAACGCCGAUACAAAAAAUAGGGAAAUUAGCGACGAAAUAGUUGAGCGUAGAGAUGGAGUUGGAUCAGUGCUAGCAGUUGAUGUACAUGAGAGGGCUCCGGCAAAUGAAGCUGUUGAAUAUCAAGAAGGACUCACAGAGUCGAGAAAUAGCGAACUGCCAAUCGAUGGCCAACAGUCAACUGAGGAAGGACACAGACUAACGGAACAGAAUGAGCUUGUGGACGGUAAAAUAAGAGAAAAUAUCGAGCAAAAAACACCAAGUGAUCAAAUAGAGGACAACAAGAACUUGAUGAAUCUGUUAAAUCACGAUAACCAAUCGAAGGAUCAUGUGUUCAAAGAAGAAUCGUUCUAUGACAUCGAUGUUGCGCCCAAAAAAGUGAUAAAAGGCCAUGAAAUAAUUGAGGAGAUGCCAAAUGAUCUUUGGAGCGAUGAGGACGAGGAAUUGGAGACUACUUUUGAAAAGUUGCAUGUCAAAGGUACUGCCGAGGGUUUUAUGGAAGAAGAAAUGAGUAAUGUUGGUAAAGAUGUCUCAGGUAACGUGUAUCAGCCACAAGAAUCAAAAAAGCUUAGCAUAGUUGAUGAGAAAAAUGUCACUGAGUCUGUGAGCACAAACGAUCCUUUUGCACGAGUUUAUGAACAUGGUAUGGAGAGGAGUGCCGAUACGUUCAGGAGCAGGAGAGAGAACGAUUUAUUUACGACAAUAGCAGAUAGGAACGCAUCACCCGAGGAAAAGGCACUGGAAAGUUUGGUCAGGAAACAAAUGAAUAUUGACGACAAGAUCAGACACGAGGACUCGCUCGAAAGACUCAAAAAUGCUGAUAUCAACGAAGAGAUAUGUCAAAGCGCAGAAAAAACGGUUAAACCCGGUAAUUUAUUCAUACCCGCGGUCAAGAACAAGCCAAAGAGCAGUUUUGUACCAAAGGUAGACAUGUCGCUCAGUCCCCACAAGAAAGGCGUUAAAUUCCAGUUUCUGAGAAAUAAAUUGUUGGUGUUCACGUCUGUGAAACAGUGCAGGGUGAAUGCAGAGAAUGAAAAAACAGAGAAAAUGAAGUACGUUGAAAGGUUCUACAGAAUAAAAAGUAAUCAGCGUGUGGAUGCGAUGACUAAAAGCGAAAUUAGGGAAAAAGCUGCAAAUACCACCGCUCCUAACAAUAUCUACGCGUUGUUGCUCGAUGUGAGGUCUUUUAAGGGUACCGAAGCAAGAAUGACACAUAACCCGGACAUAAAUGAAAUCAUGAGGCUGUCCUUCAAGGAUCAAUUAGCAGCCACUAUGAAAUGCAUCGAGAGAAAGGACUACGGCAUGGCGUUCCUCUUAUCUAGAGGCAAUAAAGAAGCGGAGAGAGCCGCAUUAGAUGGCUAUCUUCGCACUUCUAUUGAUCCGCUUUUCCACAGUUUUUUUAGCCACACCGCGGAAAUCAUGGCUCCUUACAAAUGCGAACCGUAUUUGCACGAUGAUGGCCGUUGGGUUGAGUUUCUAUCGUUGAUCCUCGAUAGGAGGAACGCAAGCGAUGCGGAUAUGGAGAGUCUUUUGGAAAUUAAGAAAUCAAAAGCUGAUCAGUUCUAUGUCCUGGUGUUUCUGUAUCUCAAAUUUGGAAAGAGCUUUUUUCAUAAGCACAAGGAUGUGCUGCUUACCAAUUAUGAAUUUGUAAGAAUUAUGAGCUAUUUGAAGGUUAAAGACAUAGAGGACUUGAAGACGUAUUAUGAGGAGUACUUUUUGGUGACCGAUAAAGGAAUGCCUGUGAUGACCGGUGGAUGGGGAUGGAAGAACUAUGUUGAGAAAGGUAUCAGUAAAAUUAUUGGCAUAGAUAAUGCCUUUGCAGAAAACGAGGUACAAAAGGGAACGGCCAACAAAAAUGUGAGUGAGAAGACCAAAGCCAUGAACAAGGACAAAUUACGUGGUGACGAGGAGUUGAGUGCUAAGAGAAAAAUGAAUCCUCAGGUUGAAGACGAUACAAACACGUUGAAAGAUAAAGAAGCGCUAUUUGAGAAACAUAUCAAAUUGGCGAAAGAGAACAUGGAUAAAACGGAGCAAAAGACGGUACCGGACUAUGCUUCAAGUUUUGCUGAUUUCUUUGUGUCCGAGCCUAUGCUUGUGCCUGAUACCUCAUACGAUGACCAAUCAUUGCCAAAAUCGGUAAUUGAUCGGGAUAAAGACGAUGAAAAUGAUGUGAUUAUUGCAAAAAAGGAGGAGAAAGGCUGGGGGUUCAGUUUGUUAAACCUAUUUAAACGCAAAGAGAAGCGGUACAAGGUAAAGUGCGGUGUUGAAUGCGACUUUAAGUACGAUCCUCAGACUAAGCGGUGGAUAAACACCAAGGCACAGACCAGUAAAGUAGAAAAAAUAGAUGCUCAGAAAGAUAAAGUGGUAACGGAGAAGAGUGUACCGUUGCCAUGUCCGGUUAAUAGGAAAACUGGCGAGAAGAAGACAGGCGAAAGUAUUGCUAGUAGAUAUGUUAUUGAAAAUGAUGGUGUCACCGAUGAAGAAGUGAAUGCGAAUGAUAUCUUUGGGGUUUGUAAGAAGAAAUGA